AUGGGCGUCUUCUACGAAGGCAUCCCCUCGCACCUCCAAACCUGGAUCCUCGAACAAAAAAUUCUCUGGGUCGCCACGGCCCCGCUCGCGGCAAGCCACCACAUCAACCUCUCCCCCAAAGGCGGGCCCUACUUCGGCCUCCUCGACGCGCACACGUUCUGGUACAUGGACCUCUCCGGCUCCGGCAGCGAGACGAUCGCGCACCUGCGCGAGAACGGACGCAUCACGGUGCUCUUCCACGCUUUCACAGGGGCGCCGCGGAUCGUGCGUCUGUGGGGUUAUGGGGAAGUGCUGGAGCGGGGGAGUGUGGGGUUUGAGAAGUUUGUAGAAGAACGGAAGGAGGGAGGGCAAGGGGGUUUGGAAGUGAUUGCCGCGACGAGGAGUAUUAUCGUCGUGAGCGUGCAUCAGGUCGGCAGUAGUUGUGGGUAUUCGGUUCCGUUUUUUGAAUUCCGGGAGUUUCGUAAGACGCUGAAUCGGGUUUUUGAGAAGAAGGAGAGGGAUUUUGAGGCGGGGAGGAACGGGGGGGAGAGUAAGGAUCGGUGAGUUCGUUGUUCUUCUUUUCAUCCUUGAGUAAAAGGCGCCAUUACUGAUGAAAUGUUGGGGGGGAUAUCCAGGUAUUGGGCGUAUAAGAAUGCUUGGAGCAUUGACGGGCUCCCCGGGAUGCAGAGGGGGUUGGAUUGUGCGAUGAGGGAGCUCGUGCAGCCGAUUGAGAAGUUUGUGAGUAUUAUGCUUGGUCUUCUUCUCGCGGAACGGAGAGGAGAGCAGAGCGUGUGUUCCAAAUUUUUUUAAAAAAAAAAUCAUGGCUGAUUGUGAUUAGAUUGGACCUUUCGCGCCGCCUGCUCCGUAUGGGCCCAAGUCGUGGAAUCUCCGCAAGCAGAUUCGCUAUCAGCUCGCCGUACUGGACACGACACGCAUCCAGCUGAAGAGUGUUCUCAUCGUGGUGCUGCUGGCCUUUGCGCUUGGAUUUCUGGUCGCGACGUAUAUGCCUCGAGUCAGUUGA